AUGGGAAAGAAAACCGUUACCUCGUGGCUGUCAAUAGUGAAAAAGGCCUUCAGGUCUCCAGCCAAAGAUUAUGAGAAAAAGAGUAGCAGAAGAAGAGAAGAGGAAUGUGAGCAGGAAGAGGAAGAAAAGUACUUGGUGCAGAAGAGGGAGAAAAGAAGAUGGCUUUUUAGAAGGCCUAGUAAUAUCAAUCAUGUUCAACAAUAUGAAGCAAAGACAGCAGCAGAAGCUACCAGAACUAUACAUGUGAAUCCUGCAUUGGAUGUUGCAGAGCAAAGGCACGCAGUUGCGGUUGCAGCGGCCACUGCAGCAGCAGCAGAAGCUGCUGUGGCAACAGCUCAAGCAGCUGUUGAGAUCGUUAGGCUUCGUUACAGGCCUUCCAAUUACGCUAGUGUUAGAGAACACUAUGCUGCUAUUGUCAUCCAGACAGCUUUUAGAGGCUACCUUGCAAGGAGAGCAUUGCGUGCACUGAAGGGGCUAGUGAAGCUUCAAGCUUUAGUGAGAGGACACAAUAUCAGAAGGCAAGCAAAGUUGGCACUAAAAUGCAUGCAAUCUUUGGUUCGAGUACAGGAUCGAGUGCUCGAUAAACAGCGUCCAAGGCUUUCAUAUGAAGAGUGCAGAAAGUCUAUGUUUGCUGAAGCCAAUGCCUUGUGGGAGUCUAGAUAUCUGCAAGAUAUUCGUAGUAGAAAGUCCAUGUCCAGAGAUAUGAGUUGUAUAACAGAUGAGUGGGACAACAGACCACAGACAAGCGAAGAGAUCAAAGAAUUGUUGCAAAACAAGAAGGAAGCUGCAUUGAAACGUGAAAAGGCCCUUGCUUAUGCUUUCUCUAACCAGAUAUGGAGAUCUAGAAGGAACUCAUCUGCGGGAGAUGAAAAGGAGCUAGAAGAGAGAACAAAAUGGCUUGACAGGUGGAUGGCCACAAAGCAAUGGGAGAGCAACAGUAGGGCAUCAACUGAUAAAAGAGAUUCUAUAAAGACUGUAGAAAUUGAUACUAGUUACAAGCCUCAGUACUACUCUUCUCCAACAAUCAGAAAAUCCCAUUGUCAAAAUCACAAACAAGUUUCCACUUCACACUGUGUUGCUUCUCCAAUGCAUAGAGAACAUCACAAUUUCCCUCUUAACCAAUUUCCAGCCACACCCUCUCCUUGCAAAACAAAGCCUUUGCAAGCACGUUCAGCCAGCCCUCGGUGCCAGCUGAAAGAAGAGAAAUACUACUACUCAGCAGCAAACACUCCUAGCUUGGCCUCCACAUUUUGCACAAAUAAUGGAAUGUCUCGAUACGGAAAUGCAGGUGUCACGGUGCCAAAUUAUAUGGCUGCCACAGAGUCUGCAAAGGCUAAGGCGCGGUCCCAGAGUACACCAAGACAAAGGCCAUCAACUCCAGAGAGGGAACGAGGUGGAUCAUUAGCUAAGAAGAGACUUUCUUAUCCAGCUCCUGAAAGUAGCUUUAGCCAGAACUUGAGAAGCCCUAGCUUCAAGAGUGCAUUUGAGGGGCACUAUGACAUGGAGAAAGAAUCAUUCUACUCUUCCUAUUAUACAGAAAGGUUUGGGGGUGAAAUUUCUCCAUGUUCAACCACUGAUCUAAGGUGGUUGAAAUGAGAAAUUGAGACGUAUUGACGUUUGCUUUUCAUGAACGAUAUGAUUCCUAAGCAUUAUUUAUCUAAUUUGAAAAUUUGAAAUUAAAACUUACUAUAGAAUGUGGAUACUAUAUAUUCGCAUGGAAUUUACUAACAAAUUUUGUGGUCUCAGACUGUCGGUGUGAUUUGGCCCAAUAGAGCUACGCCUUUUCCUCUUGUUUUCUUUUCUCAACACCAAAACAUGAAAAGCCCAAAAUUAGAACAAAUUUAGAUCCCAAAAU